GGUUUAUCGCACGUCGGUGGGUCGGUCGGUGUUUUUGUCCUGUGACAGUCAGACAGCAUGGCUGGGACACGUCUAGUUUUUGUCCUCUUCUCUCUGUCCGUUGUCUCAGCCGCCGUGUUUUUUAACCCCAAACAGCCCUGUUACGUCCGCAGGGCGAGAACAAACAACUUUGGCCUCAAGAAGUCACCCCGUCCUCAUGAGACUCUAAAUGUCUCUGAUCUGCCAAAGGUGUGGGACUGGAGGAACAUCAACGGCGUGAACUAUGCCAGUACAACUCGAAACCAGCACAUUCCGCAGUACUGCGGUUCCUGCUGGGCGCACGGCAGCACCAGCGCCAUGGCAGAUCGUAUCAACAUCAAACGCAAAGGGGCGUGGCCCUCUGCUUACCUGUCUGUGCAAAACGUGAUUGACUGUGCUGAUGCUGGCAGCUGCCAUGGCGGCGAUCACAGUGGCGUUUGGGCGUACGCUCACACUCAUGGCAUCCCAGACGAGACGUGUAAUAAUUAUCAGGCUAAAGACCAGGAGUGCAAAGACUUCAAUCAGUGUGGCACCUGCUCCACGUUUGGACAGUGUAGCAUUGUGAAGAACUACACCCUGUGGAAAGUGGAGGACUACGGCUCUAUCAGCGGGAGGGAGAAAAUGAUGGCCGAGAUCUACAAAGGCGGACCAAUCAGCUGUGGGAUUAUGGCCACAGACAAACUGGAUGCAUACACCGGAGGAGUCUACUCAGAGUAUGUGGAGGAUCCAUCCAUCAAUCACAUUGUGUCAGUGGCAGGAUGGGGAGUCGAGGAUGGCGUUGAAUACUGGGUUGUACGCAACUCCUGGGGAGAGCCUUGGGGUGAGAAAGGUUGGCUCAGGAUUGUGACCAGUGCCUACAAGGGAGGAAGUGGAAGCAAAUACAACCUGGCAGUGGAGGAGGACUGCUUGUACGGAGACCCGAUUGUCUCCAAAUCGUACUUCUAGAGAGAACCAGUGCUCUCCACAUCUGGAUUAGAGCUCAUGCAUUUGUUAAUUUCUGCUUUCAAACUGUAGAAAAGGGAACUGUUUUUAUUGAAAAUUAGGAAUGCUCAGAUUUCAGGGAAAAAGUUAUCACGGGUGGAAUCAAGACCUGAAGAUUUUAUGAAUAUUUUAUUUUUAUAGGUUUAAGAUUUUAGAAGUAUUGUUUAUGCUGUGCUAAUGAGUGUAUAUGUGUUUUCUUCACUAUGGAAAUCCUACGCACUGGAUGACAGAGGGUAGAAAUGAUUUUCAUCUCAAGAACUGCCGACUUCUCAAAGCCAAAGAACAGCUCUCACUAAAGCACUGAAUGUUUUUAAUGUCUGGCCUUAAUGCACUAAAUCUUAUUUUUUAUGAUCAAUAACUUAACAUUUAGUUAAAACAUGUCUUUAAGUUCAUAACGUCAUAUUUUCUUGAUCCGAUUUUAUUGUAAUGAUUUUAUUUUGUUCAAAUGGCCUGAAAAAAUGAGAACAUUAAGUUACUGAAAGUGGACUCCCAAUAAAGACAUUAAC